AAACACACUAUUUUUCCAACAACUUUCUUGAUCCAAUAUCUGACAAUUCACAAUGCCAACCCGUAACGACCAAUCCAAUCGAGCCCGCGCCGUAUGGCUCUCGUGCCUCGCCUCCGGUUACCGGGCGGCCCUAGCAUGCACCAUAGUGGGCUUGGUCACCCUUUACGGACCAAAAUCUCUCGGGCGUCAAGUAGCCUUCCCAGCAUUUUCCUACGUGACAGUAAUUCUCAUUGUCACAGAUGCAACGUUAGGUGACACGUUGCGUGGGUGCUGGCUGGCUCUCUACGCAACUGUCCAGAGCAUAGGACCGGCCAUUUUGUGCUUGUGGCUCAUAGGUCCAACCCGGUUCACGAGUGGCACCACUGCUCUUGCGGUGGCUCUUGCUGCAUACGUAGUGGUGCUGCCUGAGAAAACUCACUUGGUAGCAAAGCGUAUAGCAUUGGGGCAGAUUGUGAUAACAUAUGUUUUAGGUUUUAUAAAUGGUGAGAAAACUGAGGCGAUUUGGCACCCUGUGCAUGUAGCGGCUAGCACGGCCGUUGGAGUCUUGGCUUGUGUUCUUGCCUUGCUGUUGCCGUAUCCAAGACUUGCCUGUCGCGAGCUGAAACAAAACUGCAAGCAGCUUGCUGAGAAUGCUUCAGAGAGGCUGAAGCUUUAUGUGGGGGCAUUACAUGCAGAAGACAACACAUCAGCACUUGCAUCCAUUUCUAAAGCAAAGUCACUGGCCGUUUCAGGGUCCAAACUUCUACAAAGUAUUAAACGCUACCAAGAAAGCAUGAAGUGGGAGAGACCACCAUUCAAAUUUUUGAGACCCUAUUGCACGAACCCUGGAGAAAAAUUGCAACAGCUAGAGAUACUCUUAAGAGGGAUGGAAAUGGCUGUAACCAGUAUUACUUCGUUUCCAGUUCGAAUGGUAGAUGGAGAACUUAAAGAAAGUGUAAUUAGACUACAGGAACACGUUUGUCUCACAAUAAAGCAAGUUAAAAACUACGUAACUUGUGAUUCAUUAACUGUUCCAGAGUCAAAUGGUGAAGAUGUAACGGAGUCCCUCCAAACACUUCAAGCCGUCCCAACAGCCAAGCAAGAUUUGCCUCCUCUUUUCUUCUUAUUUUGUAUGAAACUCCUUCACAGUAAAUCAAUGCCAAAACCAACUAUUUCUGCACAAGAGAAUUCGGUUAAGAAAAAUAUUGAAGGAUUACCGAGUUCGAGAAAACAAGAUGAGUUUUCUUUCAAAGGGGCUUGGAGCAGCUGGGCCAAGAAAGUUAAAAGCAAGAACAAUAUGCAAGCAAUCAGAUGCUCACUGUCCUUGGGUCUGGCUGUGCUGUUUGGGCUGCUCUAUAGCAAACCGAAUGGUUUCUGGUCCGGUCUCCCGGUAGCCAUCGGUAUUGCCUCAGCAAGAGAAGCAACAUUCAAAGUUGCCAAUGUUAAAGCACAAGGGACAGUUAUAGGAACUGUCUAUGGAGUAUUGGGCUGCUUUCUUUUUGAAAGGUUCUUGCCCAUAAGGUUCCUAUCUCUACUUCCUUGGUUCAUUUUUACAGGUUUUCUGAGACGAAGCCGUAUGUAUGGCCAGGCUGGAGGUAUUUCUGCGGUCAUUGGGGCUGUGUUGAUUUUGGGAAGGAAAAAUUUUGGCCCCCCAAGUGAAUUCGCUAUAGCAAGAAUUGUUGAAACAUUCAUUGGAUUAUCAUGUUCAAUCAUGGUAGACCUUCUCUUCCAACCCACAAGAGCAUCGACUCUAGCUAAAGUUCAACUGUCUAAAAGUCUCGGCAUGUUGCACGAUUGCGUUGGUUCAAUGAGUCUUCAGGAAAGCCAAGGGAACUUGCUAGGGAACCAAAAGAAACUCAAAUUGAAUGUCAAUGCGCUAGAGAAGUAUAUUGGAGAAGCUGAUGUGGAACCCAACUUCUGGUUUCUACCUUUUCAUGGUGCUUGCUACAGUAAGCUUUUAGGGUCUUUGUCAAAAAUGGCGGAUCUCUUGCAUUUUGCUGCUCAUUACAUGAAUUUUCUUGAACAAGAAUCACAAGAAACCGAGGCUUCUUGGAAGGAGAGUGUAAAUAAGCUAGAUGGUGACCUUAAACUUCUCAAGGAGGUGGUUGGCUCCUCGAUAAAAUGUUUUCAGGAUGUCACUAUGAUAAAAUCACUGAGGGAACUAGAGAAAAAGCUUGAAAAGAGAACAAUCUCUUAUGAUCUUGAAUUGGGAAAAUCAGCAAACGUGAAUAGGGUUUCUGAUUUAGAAGAAAAUGGGAUGGAGAAGUUUAUAACUUCAUAUCUUCAACAUUCAAAUGAAGUUGUUGAUAAAAUCCACGUUGAUAAGGGUGAUCAGAAGGCGCUUAGGAGCCAAGCUGUCUUAAGUUUGAGCGCCCUAGGUUAUUGCAUGCAAAGUUUGAUAACAGAAACAAGAAAAAUGGAAGAAGGCAUCAAGGAACUUGUUCAGUGGGAGAAUCCUUCAAGCAAUGUAAAUUUACUUGAAAUCUCGUGUAAGAUACAUGCUUUGUCCAAUUAAUUAAAAGUUGGACCAAAAAUAUACGAAUUUUACUGUAUUUAACAAAAUAACACAAAUUUGUAAUAGAUUUCCAAAUUUUGUGAAACAUAUAUAUACAUAUAUAUUUCU